UGAGUUUUUUCUGUUUUCUGUAGAGUCUCCAGUCUCUCUCAGCUCCUCCUGAAUCUACAGACAUAAAUGAUGAUCUCUUCGGUUCUCUUGUUUCUUUUGAUGAUCUGAGAGAAUCUGUUCAUCAGCUGAGAGACAAACUGGAGGAUUUCUGUAAAGAAGAGCUGAAGAAGAUCUCAGACAGAGGUAAAGUCCUGGAGAUUGAUCUGCUCUCAGAAACCAGUCCAUCAUCAUCUCAUAUCAGGGAGAACAUCAUAUCAGAAAUGUCUUAGGAAUGAUGCAGGAUCAUGAGAAUAACUCUGUUUCCACAGUCACCUUCACCAACAUUGUUCCCAGAACCAGGAACCACUUCCUACAAUAUUCCCGUCAGUUCACUCUGGAUCUGAACACAGUGAAUGAACUUCUUCGUCUGUCUGAGAACAACAGAAUCGUUCCUCACACUAACACAGUCCAGUCGUAUCCUGAUCAUCCAGACAGAUUUGAAGGUGUGUGUCAGGUGUUGUGUAGAGAGAGUGUGUGUGGACGCUGUUACUGGGAGCUGGAGUGGAGCGGAUGUGUGUGUAUAUCAGUGUCAUAUAAGAGCAUCAGCAGGAAAGGACGGCGUAAUGAAGGUGUGUUUGGAUCUAAUGAUCAGUCCUGGAGUUUGAUCUGCUCUCCAUCCAGAUACUCAUUCAGACACAAUAAGAUAAAGACUGAUCUCUCUGUAGAGUCCUGUAGAGUGUUUGAUGAUGAUGAUGAUGAUGAUGAUGAUGAUGGUGGUGGUAUCAGGAGAGUAGGAGUGUUUGUGGAUCAUGGAGCAGGUCCUUCUACAGCAGCGUCUCUGACAUAA